GCCUUGUUUUCAAACAGCCCUCUCAGCUCGUCUCCUUCCCAGAGUUCAUUGCUUCGCUCCGUCUUUGAAAAACCGGCGCGGCUAAUUCAAGAUGGCGGAGCACGAGCAGCUGUUGGACGAGAGCUCUUCAGCGAAGGCUCUUGUCAGCCUGAGAGAGGGAAGUUUGUCGAACACCUUAAACGAGAAAAACAUCCUGUCAAAAUCUCAGACCACCAGAGGAAGGAGUGGCUACACGACCAUGGAAACGCCGACAAGAAGCUCAAAGAGAGGUCGUUUUUCCUCUGAAGAUGAGGAGCGGUCUCUCAGUUCCAGAUCCCCCAGGAGAAGCCAGAGAGUCACCACCGUUCCUCAGAAACUUGCAACUGUCGCAACACCAGACAAAAAAACCUCACAGAAGAUUGGACUGAGAUUACGAAAUCUGCUAAAGUUACCCAAAGCACACAAAUGGUGCAUCUACGAGUGGUUUUAUUCAAAUAUUGACAGACCUUUAUUUGAGGGAGAUAACGACUUCUGUUUAUGCCUGAAGGAGUCUUUUCCUAAUCUAAAAACCAGGAAGCUGACCAGAGUGGAAUGGGGAACCAUCAGACGACUUAUGGGCAAACCCAGGAGGUGCUCUUCGGCAUUCUUCGCUGAGGAGCGAACAGCGCUGAAGCAGAAGAGACAGAAGAUGCGUCUGUUGCAGCAGAGAAAAAUCACAGACAUUUCACUAUGUAAAGAUCUACCAGAGGAAAUCCCUUUGCCGUUAGUCAUCGGCACUAAAGUCACCGCUCGACUCAGGGGUGUCCAGGACGGCCUGUUCACAGGACAGAUCGACGCAGUGGACACGAGUGCAGCAACCUAUCGUGUCACCUUUGACAGAAGUGGGCUCGGUACACACACGGUUCCAGACUACGAAGUACUCAGUAACGAGCCUCCCGAGACGAUGCCCAUAUCUGCUUUUGCUCAGAAACAGCGGCCAUCACGCUUCCCAAACUUCAUGACUCCACCACGGGGGACGUACACCGGAUCGACCCAACCCAUCUUAAUGGACAGCGACCCUCUGUUCAGUCAAUCGCCCUGGAAGAAUAAACUGACCGGAAGUGACGGAGAGACGCUCGGAGGAUUCCCCGUCAAAUUUCUCGUACAGGUGACACGACUGUCCAAAAUACUCAUGAUUAAAAAGGAGCACAUAAAGCAUUUAAAGGAGAUGAACACCGAGGCUGAAAAACUGAAGUCCUAUUCCAUGCCGGUCGGAUUGGACUUCCAGAGGAGGUACGCUUCUACAGUACUGGACCUGGAGCAGCUUAAUAAAGACCUGAACAAAGUUCUACAUGAAGUCCAGCAGUUCUGUUACGAACUGGCCCCGGAUCAAGGCAUGCAGCCUGCAGAUCAGCCCAGCGAGCUGCGGAGACGGUGUGAAGAGGAAGCACAGGAAAUGCUGAGGCUGUCCAACGAGCUGCCUGACGGAGAACAACGCGUCCAGAACCCUGGACUCACACAGCUCAUUUCCCGUCUCACUGCCAUCCUGCUGCAGAUCAGGUGCUUGGCAGAAGGUGGCGACCUGAAUUCAUUUGAAUUCAAAUCAUUAACUGACUCCCUGAAUGACAUAAAGAACUCAAUAGACAACUCCAACCUCAGUUGUUUCCAAGACAACGUAGAGAUCCACGUAGCGCACAUCCAGAGCGGCCUGAGUCAGCUUGGAAACCUGCACGCUUUCUCCAUCAACAACACCAACAGAACGUGACCGAUAUAGAACCCACCCUGUCUUAAACACAGACCGAAAAUAAACCUGAAGCAGAACAAGUUUUGGACAAGGAGCCAUUUUUUAAUCCCACGUUGUCUUAAACAAGAGCGACGAGCACGCAGACGCUAGAACAGCAUCCAGUAGAGCCGUUAUUUCUUUGUUGUGAAAUCUACGCGUCUCUAUAUAUAGCGCGUACUGUAAGAUUGACACAGGACAAUGUUAUCACAUUAAACUGUUUUAAUCUUAAUCCUUAAGUUCCCUUUACAUGUUUCCUGUAGAGUCUUUACUCAGUUUCGGUUCUUAUUUAUUUUUUUUCUGGCUUUUUAUUCCCUCAACAAAAAAGGGAACUACAGUUUUGAAUGUCUAAGACAGAAGAGAUUUUUAAAUAUAUAUAUACAUAUAUAUUGUAGAUAAUUGUACAGUUUAUUGAUGCAUUUGUCAUGUAUGUAUGGACAUUUUGUAAGUACUUUUAAGUAUUUUUGUAAAGAGGCAAAUUCAACGGAGGCUUAGACAGCCGUGUAAAUGCUAACGAGCUGAUUGUUCUCUUCCUAAGUGGUUAAACUUAAACCAAUAUCCUGUUGUGUAUCUUCCAUUUUUUGGAUUUAGGAAUUUUAAUUUUAAAUGAUUUCCACCAGUUGUUUUUAUUUAACUGGUACAUGUACAUAUGUUUUGUUCAUUUCUAAUUAAACACAGAAGAUGGAGGUU